AUGCCACCACACGCAAAGAAGCCAAAAGAAACACCACUCACCGAAUCGGAACAUGAAGUUACAUUAAAAUAUGGACAAGCAAUAAUUAUUAAAAAUUCCACCAUUAAAAAGAUACAAAUUACUGAUGGAGUGUUGAAUAUUUUCGGAACGGAAUUUAAUGCUAAUGGAGAAGAAGGUGGUGUUUUGGAUUUUUCUGCAGGUGGUGAAUUGAUUGAAGUUGUUGGUAUGAAUAUGAGUCUGGAAAAGAAGGAUACUACAUUAAAGAUGAAUAUUUUGGGAGAAGCUGAACAAGCAUUUACUACUGUGGAAAGUAAUCCAAAAUUUAUGGAAAGUGUAUUUGAAACUUUUGAUAAAAUUAAGGGAGGAAUGAAUCAUGUGAGAGUAUUGAUUGUUGGACAAACUGAUAGUGGUAAAUCAACUCUAUCAAGAAUUUUAUUCAAUCAUGCCUUGUUUUCCAAUGAGAGAGAUCAAGAGGAAAGAAUUUGUGCAUUUGCUGAUAUUGAUGUUGGACAAAAUCAACUUUCAAUUCCUGGAAGUAUGAGUAUGGUCUAUGAAUUGCCAUCUCAUGAGAGCUAUUCGAAAGUUGACUCUGUGAUGAAGUCUAAUCCACUUGCCACUAUUGUGAAUAGUCAUGCUUUCAACUUUGGAGAUAUUUCACCAAAAUCCACAAUUUAUUACGAUCAUAUCUGUAAGCAAAUGACAACAUACUAUGAUAAUAUUAUCAAAAAGAAUGCUGAUGUGAAGAAAUCAAUGUGGAUCAUUAAUACAUGUGGAUGGGUUGAAGGUCAAGGAUAUGAACUUAUCAAGAAUGCCAUCUCCUCAUGCAAUAUAACUCAUGUCAUUUCAUUCGAUCAAAAUACUACACGUAACUUGGAAAGAGACACCAAGAAUGUUGUAAUUAUUCCUCUCGAAAAGAGUAGUCAUGUGAAAAAGAGAAGUACCAAUUUCAGAAAAGACACCAGAGCUGCCAAUUUCAAUUCCUACUUUAGUAAUAGAUUGAAUACUCUUACCUUACCAUUGGAUAAGGUGAAAUUAUGUAUGAUUGAUUACAAGACUCAAAAUUCAGCAAGAGCUUUGACUGUGAGUGAUAAGUCAUUGAAUAGAAUUAAUUCAAUUUCUACAGCCGAUAAUCUUAAAGAUGUGGCAAACAAGGAAGUUCGCAUGUUUGUCGUAUUGCAAGCAUUCAACCCAGAAAAGAAUACUAUUACAUUAUUAUUGCCUGGAAAGGAAAAGAAGGAAUCAUUUGAAAAUCUUGAAAAUCCAUUACAACUUCUUGGUGGUUCCAUAAUCUGGAAGUAA